AUGCUUUUGCCAUUCUGCGCGAUAACAGCUUUCCUCGCGUGUGUGCCAGGUGGCUUUGGUCUAGAGUCGUCGACGAUAUCUCCCGAUACCCCGGUGUCAUCUUUAAUUGCCUCCGCCAAAACACAUCUUUCCAGUGGUUCCCCUCGGGACGCUUUACUCUUCCUUGAUGCAGCCAUCUCGCGGGACCCCACAAACUACCUAACUGUCUUCCAACGCGGCGCGGCCUACCUAUCAUUGGGACGCCGAUCGCAAGCCCAAGAUGAUUUCGACCGUGUUCUUUUGUUGAAGCCGGAUUUUGAGAGCGCUCUGCUUCAGAGGGCUCGUCUCAGAUCUAUUACGGCUGACUGGUCAGGCGCAUUGAAUGACCUUGAGAGGGCUGGAAAGAAGAACUCGCACGAGUAUAAAGAAUUCGAGACCGCGCGAGAGGCUGCCACUCGGGCAUUUGAUGCAGAGAAACAGGGCGCAUGGGAUACCUGUGUGAAUGAAGCCACCAUCGCUAUCACAAAAGCCAGUGCGCAUCUUAACCUGCGGCAGAGUCGAGCACAUUGCCGUUUUGAGAGAGGCGAGCUGGAAGAAGGGAUUAGCGAUCUUGCACAUACUUUGCAAAUCUCACCUGGCUUAAUUGACCCUCACCUACAGAUAUCAUCUAUGCUCUUCUACACUCUCGGCGACAUUGAAAGAGGACUUUCGCAGAUUCGCAAAUGCUUACAUUCAGACCCGGAUUCGAAACCGUGCAACAAACUUUACCGGCGGGAAAAACAACUGGAUAAACGUCUUCGGAAAUUGCAGGAUGCCGUAGCGGCACGGAAGUUCAAUAAUGCUUUGAAUCUUCUGGUGGGUGCUGAUGGUGAACCUGGUCUCAUCGAGGAUGUUCGUGUGGAUGUAGGACAAGCCAGGGAAGCACGCCACAUUUUUUCUGAUUCUCAGGGUGUCCUUUACGCAUCCUUGAUUGAGAAAACCUGCGGUGCGUAUAAUGAGGUACAUAUGCUCAAACGCGCCUCUAUUUUCUGCUCGGAAGCACUUGAGCUGGUUUCGCAUUCCUUGCCGGCUCUCUUGUUCAAUGCCCAGGUUGCCCUAGACGAUGAUAGAUUUGAGGACGCUAUUGGCGCCCUUAACACUGCCAAGGAGCAUCAUCCUGAAUCGAAUGAGGUCAAGACUCUCCUGCAGAAGACUAUGGUUUUACAGAGGCGUUCGAAGCAGAAGGACUAUUAUAAAGUUCUCGGCGUCAGCAGAGACGCCGACGAGAGGGCUAUUAAGCGAGCCUACCGGCAGCUUGUGAAACAACAUCACCCCGACAAGGCUAUGUCUCAAGGUGUCACAAAAGAUGAGGCUGAGAAGAGAAUGGCUGGUAUCAAUGAAGCCUACGAAGUCCUUUCUGAUCCUGAAGUAAGGGCACAAUAUGACAACGGCAUUGAUCCCAACGACCCGGAGUCACAGAGGCAGAAUUUCCACGGAAGUCCGUUUGGUGGAGGUCAACAGUUCUUCUUCCAGCAGGGCGGCCCGCAUUUUAAGUUCUCCUCUGGCCAGUUCAAUUUCCCGGGUGGCUUUUCAUUUUAG